CCAAAAACCUUGACGUAUUUUUCCCUCUUAUUUGUGCACUUGAGCAGAUGUGUGCACUUGAGCAGCUUCAUGGGAAUCAAGGGGAGGUUUUAGAAAAGUUUCUGACAUCAUCAGCCUGCACCUGUCCCUCUGCUUCUCCCAACACUGGGCCCAGAUAGAGGUCACGACCCCUGAAAGUCUCUGCUGAUUGACAAAUGCUAGCUCUUCCUUUAAGUCCAACUUUCAAGUGAUAUUUAUUACUGUUGGGCCUGAAUUUAAUUACUCCCAGGGCUAAUACUACAACCAUGUAACCAUCAAUUACAGUCAUGUUUUGGACAAUGUUUCGAGCUCCCUCUAAAGGAUGACAAAUGAUCGCUCUUAUUUGAACCCAGCUUGCUCUGCUGUUGACAAUGAGCGAAGCAGCAGGUUGAAAUAUAUGUCACAAAUCCACUACCUUCUCCUCCUAUGUACAAGAAAAUGACAGUUUCUGAAAUGAAGAGUAAAUCCAGCCGCAGUAUCCCUUAGUGUGCGCCUUCAGGUGUGUCAGUCAGACCAUUGGGUCUGCUGAUGGAUGCAGUGACAGGGGAGGACAUGGCACCCGGCCUGAAGCUCCAACCCUAACAUUUCAUCCUGACACAGGAUUGAAUGUGUCAUUCAUGACACAUUCAAGGAUAAACUCGGUGAAAAAAUCCCUCAAAUGUCCAGCUGAUGUCAGGUCUUGUGAAAACGGCAUAAAGGAGCUGGAUAUACAGAUAUACAGAUAUAAAAUACAGUUACUUGCAUUUUGAUGCUGCAGAAAUCCAUUUUAUCAUUAUAAUCAAGCAACACAAAGGUAUAAUACAUUUUAAAACUUAACAUAUUAGUAACUAAUAACUUAAACCUUACAGGGUAUGUUGAAGUACAGUACAGCAUUCAGAAGUGUUUUGAAUGCAUUUUCCCUGGCAUGACUUGCUUCCCAAAUCCAGCAUGGAUUUCAGCUGCAGUUGGGUAUUUCUUGGCAGAGUCUAGCUCUUAUAAUAAAAAAAAAAAAAUCUUGAUUUCACACAUAUUAUGUGGAGUAAUAGCUAUCAGGGACUUGGGAUUUUCUGGGAAUAUGUUGAGAAAGCAAAGGGGGGGUUCUUGUCAGAACUGUAAGACCACAGAAGUUUCCAUUUAUCCAGAGAUACUGUGCUCACACGCUUCAAAGCGCCCUUAUAGUUUGGAUCCAAAGCUUGUUUUGCACUUUCUGACACACUCUUCUCCUUGUGUUUGUCUUUGGUUUACUUGAACAGAUUUUCUCUCUGUUUACUGUUUCUCCGAAAGCUUUCUGUCAGUGCGGUAUCUCUGCAAACACACACUGCACUCAAGUAGCUCUGAGGCUCGGAGCAAUCUCAGUUUUAUUCCAAACUUUUUUCUUUUUAUCUCAGUCCUCACAAAAGUGUUCUACCCUGUCUGAUCUCUGUCUUUCGGUUCUCUCAGAAAAGUAUAGAAAAGCAAAAGCUAAAGUGGCCACAAUGCUCUGUAAAAACAUAAUGUGCUUCUGUGGGAAGUAACAUAGUGCCUUUCUUGCUUCUGCCACACCCUUGCCAUGCCAACGCUCCAGAUGUCAUGGGAACCGAUAACAGCUGGUGCUGGUGCAGGCAGGCUGCGUGUGAAAGGCCGCUCCAUCUGCAGAAACUCAAUCCCUCUGUGAAAGCAGUGGAGGAUUAGGCACUUUUGAUAAGGUCAUCAAGACAUUUCUAUCAACUUAACACAUCUGUGCGACCAAAAGAAUUAUUCAAUAUUAAUGUGUGUUUUCUGAAGUAGCUUGUGUCUAUGAUUAUAUUCUCAUAUUUUGAGCAACAUUUGAGAGCAUUGUCUGUGUUUCAGGGAAUCAAUCCUUGCAAGUAAUUAAUGAUUUCAUCAUGUAUACAUCCCACUUGAUUUAACCACGAUUACAUGCACAGAUUAGUCUCAUUAUCAAGCUGCAGAUGAGAAAAUGAAGUCUUCAAAGGUAAACACAAGAAGACAGUUGUGGUCUGGCUGAGGUCAUGGUGGCUUUGGGAAAAGGGGGAGGAGAGAGUUUAUGAAAAAAACUGUACACAUGCCAAGUCCUGGACACUUAAAUUAGAGGGGCGGCAAAGCAAGGGGGGCAUGCUUCAGAUUUGGAGAGAGGUGCAAUUUCAGACUUGACCCCAGGAAGUUGUUGCUGUAACACUGAAGACAUAACUUGUAGGAUUCCGUAAUCGAAGUUUUAAUAUGUCAACAGUUUAGCUCACUUGUCCAGUUUUCCAACAAAUCGCACGCUUAGAAUCUAGAACUUCAUUUACUGCUGUCGUUAAAAAGCCACUCGUGUGCGCGACAGAGGCACAGGUGGCGCACCAUGUCCACCGGCUCUGCAGCGAGUGAUGCUGAGGACUAUGAGACAUGUCACCGACGGACUCUGGAGAGGAAAAAACACAAGACAACCUGCUACAAUCUCAACCGCUAUUCGGAUGAGGAGUUGGAGGGCGACGCCGUGGAGGGUCGGACGAAGCAUCCUGAGCGCAAACUCGCCAACAAAGCGCACCACCAGAGGGACGCGCGCCAAACGCAGAGAAACGCGGCCAACGCCCGAGAGAGGUCGCGCAUGAGAGUGCUGAGCAAGGCUUUUUCCAGACUGAAAACGAGCCUGCCUUGGGUACCUGCGGACACCAAACUGUCCAAACUGGACACGCUGAGACUCGCCUCGAGCUACAUCUCUCACCUGAGACAGCUACUGCAGGAGGAACGCUUCGAGAAUCGAUUUGCGCACCCUGUCAACUUGACUUGGCCUUUUAUGAUGACAGGACGAUCAGAGGACAGCCAAGAUAUCUCUUCUACUGUAAGACUGUGUGGAGCUACAGCUUAGCCCUCCACCCUUCAAAAGUAGAAUCCUCUUGUCCAGUUAGUGGCCAUCUUUGGAUAAUCGUCUACAUAUCUGUGGCUCAGCCUCAACCUGUCCACCCAGAAAAGGCUUUGAACACGACCUUUGACCCGGUUUGCAAGAACAACAAAGACAGUGGUGGAAUGGUGUUUUCAGAUGUAUUUUCUUGUGUGCAUGUUUGCUGUAAUAAGUAUUUUGCCAUGUUUACACUGUGUGUAAGCUCAUUUACUUUUGGAUAUAACCUGAUUUGGAUUCACCAUCAACUUGUUUUUCAUCUAUUGACUACUACUUGAUCACGAACUUGAUGUAUACUUCAGUUAGAUGAGCUCAGUCAUCCCACAACUCAAUAUUUUCAUCUCUUGUGCUUCUCUGAUUUGUAACCAGCAAUAUAAGCUGUAGAUCUACAGUAUUUAUUUUGUUUGCAUUGUGGUUAAUAUUGUUGCUAUAAAAUGAUUCUGACA